AUGGUACGACUCAAGACUCGGUACUUGGUGGUCGAGAUUACUGGUGCACGUAAGUUGACUAUCAAAAAAGAAGACAUUGUCAUUCUACUUCGAGAGUCUAUUACCAAGAGUUAUGGAGAUUAUGGCUUAGGAUUAGCUCAAUAUGCUUUCCAAGUACUCUAUUACAAUACGCACACUAGAGCAGCAGUCAUUCGAUGUGCACGUGAAAUGUGCAAAAUGGUCGAGACAUCGUUAAUAUUCGUGACGGAUGUACACAACCAAGACGUCAGUAUCCGAGUCGUUCGCGUGUGCGGCUCUAGUCGCGGGUGUAGAGACCAUUUACUGCAGUUUUCAAUCGAACGUGCAAAAGCGCUGAAUCUGUACACGUUACAGCCAAAGUUUGACGAAGAAGUGCAAGCUGAGAUUGCACUUGUUGACGCGCAGUAA